CCGACGGUCUGGAGUUGCUUAAAGCAUUCAACGUCAUUCAACGAAAUCUUCGCCAUGCCGAUUGAUUAUUCGAAGUUUGACGACAUUGAGGAUGAUCUUGAUGGAGAUGAGUGGCGACAAAUGCUGGAAGAGCUGACACGAGAGGUCGCAUGUGAUCGGAUGUCGUCACCGAGGUUCGGUGAUGAGAUGGGGAUGGACUUGGGCUUUGAUCUUGGCUACGAUAUGGAGAUGGAUGAUCCAGGCCUCGAAGAGUCCGAGCGAUUGGAUUUCACCGACCUUCACGACAAGGCAUGGCAACUCUUGCUGCGACGAUGCACCACAUCGCCUUUUGCGGCAAAGACACUGCCACGACGACUGCUCUUAGAGGCCGAACUGCGCCUGCGUGGGCGUCAACACCAUGAGGCCUUGCUGUGUGCAUUGGCAUUACGUUUCUCCGUGGGAGUGGAGGAGGAGGUGCCUGAGCUGCCAGAGACAGCGCCCAGCACUGAUGUGGACCAGGAGGAGCUGCCCGCGGAAUGCUGGCUAGUCCCUGCUGCUGUGGUGGAAAUGGUUUGUGCUUACCAACUCGGUGAUCGGGAACAUGCGGUGCGAUUGAGAGAUGCUUUGUUGCCCGUAGACCGGAGCCUUCUCUCAAAGCACUUGUCGAAGCGCUUCGACGGUACCGCAGAGGUGCUAGACUUUGUCCCGCAGUUUCUGAGCUUGCUAAAUGCGAACAGGUCCUAAAGGCUGUUGCUGCUCUUGCCUCCGUUGAUUCGCCUGGCCAAGUGAAAUGCUAGGGUGGAGGUAGUUCGUGGAGCAAAAA